UCACGAGGAGCUGAGCUCGCGCUGUAAUCUGUGGCAGCUGGAAAUGGACAGCAGAGGGGCUCCGCAGCCGACUCACUCAGAUAUUAUGAAACGGCCAAAGAAAAACGAGUGGGUGGACAACAACCUUCCCACCAAAAGAAAGGACGGCCAGGAGGAAGGCGAAGAGGAGAAUGAAAGGGUGAGGAGGGUCAGGGUUGCAUUUAAGGCCAAGCGGGAGCGUCGGCAGGGUAGCAGCAGCGCCACCAUGUGCCAGGUGUGCAGCAUAAGGCUAAACUCCAGCGCGCAGGCGCAGAUCCACUACAGAGGCAAGACGCAUCAGAGGAGGCUUCGGCGACUGGCGAAAGCUGUCAGCGCAGGUGCGCUCUCCCAGAACCAGGUCCACCCGCUCCUGGGUUCGCUGCCCCUGCCGGGUCGACCCCUUCAGCCGCAGAGCCACGCCCAGCUGGAGCACUUCCUGUCGCUCAGGGUCAACGGCUCCUCACCCCUCAGCCUCUUCCCCAACUUCAACACUAUGGACCCGGUGCAGAAAGCGGUGAUAAACCACACGUUUGGCGUGUCUCAGCCGAAGAAGAAGCCCAUCAUUUCAUGCAACAUCUGCCACCUGCGCUUCAACUCAACUAUCCAGGCAGAAGCCCACUACAAAGGUCACAAGCAUGCUCGCAAGCUAAAGGCCAUGGAGACCCAGAAGAACCGGCAGAAGAAUGGACCCGGUCAGCCCUCUGCUGAGAAAGACAGAGACGCAGAGAUGGAGAUGGAGGGGGAAACGGUGCCGAUCGAUGCUCAGCUGAAAGACAAAACAGACCCAGUCUCCUCACCCCAACCUGAAAGCAGCCAGGGGAACUCGCAGAGCGCCUCUCCACCCUCCAUGCCUUCAAGCUCGGACUCCUCCUCGCCCUCCUCUGCUCAGCAGACCCUCCACGCCUCCGACGGCUCCCAGCUCCCCGACGUUCCUCCAGAUGCCCCACAUGCAGACGGCAGCGACGCGGCCAGCGGUGCGGCAUCAGACUCCGAUCCUCAGGGAAGCGUCGCAGCAGGAGAGGAGGAGGCCGCGGAGGGGAAAGAGGCAAAGGAGGCCAAAAACAACAAAAAGCCUCUUCAGUGUCCAACCUGCAAAGUGACGGUGAACUCCAACUCCCAGCUGGAGUCCCACUGCAGCGGCUCUAAGCACAAACAGAUGCUGGACGGUCAGAACAACAGCCAAUCGCAUCGCAGGGUCAAGGUGCCAUCGACACCCAGACCAAAAGGUCGAAUGAAGCAACGGAUGGGGAGCAAGAGCAGAACGGUUGUUGGUGUAACCAACCAAGCAUUUCACUGUGAACUCUGCCAAGUGUCUGUCAACUCAGAGACGCAGCUGAAGCAGCACACAAACAGCAGGAGACACAAAGAGCGUUUGGCUGGGAAGCCUGUCAAAGCAAAGUUCACCCCCUAUAAUAAACUUCACCCCAAUGCUGUCUUAGCGACCAAACUGGCUCUGCACAAGCAGCUGUCCAAAGCCCUGCCGGCAGGGCUCCUGAGCGGCCCGUUCAACCCAGCUGCACUGUGCAGCAUGACGUCCGGGCCCCUGGCGCUACGACUGCCACCGGGGCCCACAGCCAUCAUCCCCGGCCCCAUCAUAAACCCCUCACUCUUCAGGCCUGCGCCGGGACCGCUGAGGGCCACACAUGCUCCUAUAAUCUUCUCUCCUUAUUAGCGAUUAGCACAAGCUGUUUGAACUGAGAGAGGAGUGGACAACUUCACCAAAUCUGGACUUGUGGAAAUGAUUAGCCUGGUCUCCUUUUCCCAGCACAGUUCUGCCUAGGUGACCCAAAACACUGCAGAUACAAACGGAGGAGCGGGAUUCUCAACUGAUGGAGGAGUCAGAGAUCCUGGAAGGAUCAGCUGUCGUUUCCUGGCGAGUGUGUGUUUGGUUCUCUCUGCAAGCCAUAAUGAUCACUUAGUUUCAUUACUGACAACAAACUAAGACAUCAAAGACUUUAAAUGCUUUCAUUAUAGAGACUUCUAAUCGCACUCUGGAGAAAACACUCACAGCUUCAGUUUUCAUAAGGGAAUCAAAGCUUAGCCUUCCCAUGUUUCAUUAUUGUCUUAUAAGACAUUAUAAGAAUAUAAGCGACUUAAACAUUUAAAACAGAAAUCUGCAGUUUUGCACUGAUGAAAAUUUUGUAUCUUUACAAAGUUGCAUCUUUUUUAUGCUCAUUUAAUGUACAUUUGUUUUAUUUUAGAUUUAAAAUAUGUUUUUUUAGUCUGUAUCAGUGUCUGUGGAUGUUUGUGUGAAAACGGUGACAAUCAGCAGCUUAUAUGAAUGAAUGAGCAUCUACCUAAUGGAAAAAAUACACAAGAUCUAAUGUACAAAAUGAGAUGAUUUUAAAUAAAGUUAUAGUUAUUGUUUA